CAUUGACAGUUUUAUAGCAGUACGCGACUGUUAAACGUGUAGAGUUGAAUUGUGAAGAAGCGUUCAAAAGCGCACGAAAAAACCUGAAAUUUUGUGUGCGAAGCAAAAGUGCUACAAAUUUUGUAUUGUAAAAGUGACAGUGUUUUGGGAAAAAAUGUUUGAGAAAUUCUUUUUUUGCGCGCAAGCUUAAAACUCUCGUAGCAACAGUAUUAAUGGUAUUCAUGGCUGAAGACGCUUAAUUGCGGCUCAAGCGUAUGUCAAAAAUCGCUCAAAUUAAUAGCAAAGUGUGUGAAAAUACUCGCUUUUGUUGUAAAUAAAUACUUUCUAGUUAAGCGCAAAACCGGGCGUAAUUUAUGAAAAUUGUGCUACACAUUUCAUUUUGGUGCCGUAAAUUCGUUAUCAAUCGCUGAUAAUACAUUAUAUUCUGCACAACAAGCAACAGUGACAAUUACUGAAAUCAAAAAAAAGUAGAAACAAAAUACGCUAAAAUGCCGACUGAAAGAGAACGUCUCGAGGAGCACAGUAAAUUUGUGCCGCACGCGCACAAAUAUGAGAUUGUAUCGUCCAGCGAUAAGGCCCAUCAGCAAACGCACAAUUAUCAGCAACAGCAUCAGCAGGCCCUACUACAACUACAACAACAUAAUCAUAUCAAUUUACAUCAUCAUAAUGUACAUAAUCAUCAUCUGCCACAUUAUCCGAUGCCACGUCGACGCUCACGCCUCUCAUCGAUCGCUUCAUAUCUGUCGGCGGUGCCGGAUGAGAAGGCCGCCAUUCGUGGUGUUUUCCAUCAGAUUCUCUCCACCUGCGCUGUUCUAGUGCUUUCGGCCGCCUGUGGCAUGCCUAUCGGCUAUUCAGCCGUCCUGUUGCCACAAUUGUCGGAUGUUAACUCGACCACAGCCGAGAUUGAAAUUAACGUUGAAAUGGGUUCGUGGAUUGCCAGCGUCCAUAGUUUGGCAACACCUGUUGGCUCAUUGAUAUCGGGUUCUUUGGCUGACUUUGUUGGUCGUCGCUCCACAUUGUUGAUUUCGAUUAUUCCGCUUUGCAUGGGUUGGUGUACACUGGCGCUGACUCAGUCCUUUACCGUUAUCAUUAUUGGUCGUCUAUUUUGCGGUUUUGCUACCGGUUUGCUGGGUGGACCGGCACAGGUCUACAUUGCCGAAACCGCUGAACCCAAUCUACGCAGUAUUCUAAUUGGUGCACCAUAUGUCUCCUACUCACUGGGUAUACUCAUUGUCUAUUCGCUGGGCUCCGCACUGCAUUGGCGUACUGUAGCUUGGUGCGCAUGCAUACUACCAAUUUGUGCAGCCAUCGCGCUCUUCUUCAUACCCGAAACACCCGCUUGGUUGGUGCGCAACAAUAAGCACGGUAAGGCACAACGCGCACUAACUUUCUUGCGCGGCAGUGAGAUAAUCGCACGCAAAGAGAUGAACGAUAUGUCCGAACGUUUGACAAAGGAACGCGCCACCACACGCACCAACGAGAACAUCUUCCAGCUGUGCACCGAACGUUGCGCCAUGAAGCCGCUCUUCAUUGUCAUCACAUUUUCCAUGUUGCAAAUGUUAUCGGGUUCGUUCAUUGUCAUCUUCUACGCCAUUGAUAUUAUUGCCGAUUUCGGUGCCGAUGUCGAUACAAAAUCGGCUGCCAUUUGGACGGCGGUGGUGCGCAUGUUCUGCUCACUCACUUUCUGUGUGAUUUUAAUGUUCGUGCGGCGUCGGCGUAUUUUGACCAUUUCCAGUAUCGGUUCGGGUCUCAGUUGUCUGAUAUUGAGCGUGUAUAUGUAUGCACGGCUAGGUCUGCCGAAGAGCAAUACAGAUGUACUCGUCGCUGCGGGUUGUCUUUUCUCAUAUAUUGCCUUCAACACCGCGAUUAUGGUGUUGCCGGGAAUUAUGAUCGGUGAACUGUUCCCAGCGCGUAUACGUGGUCGUACGGCAGGUGGUGUGUUUGCGGCGAUGAACAUCAGUCUCUUCGCAUUGACAAAAGUCUUUCCGAUGGUGCAGUCGAUUAUAAAAAUGCGUGGCGUCUUUAUGGUAUUUGCUGUAUCCAGUUUUAUGGUCACCGUUUUCAUGGGUCUCUUCCAACCCGAGACGAAGGGACGUACUUUGGAUCAAAUUGAGGAUUAUUUCAAUGAGAAUAACUGGUUGUGGUUCAAGCGUGACAAGCGGUACAAGCAGGUGGCAUUGAAUGAGAAGGCCGCGAAAGCUGCACUCAGAGCGCAAGUCAAGGCUUAAGUGGUAGAAUUUGCGGUGCAUUCAAUAUAAAAGCCAAAUUAUAUAGCUUUAAAGAUAAUUGUAUUUAGUAGUUAUAAUAUGUAAGGAGUAGAUUGAAUGUAGUAUAUUUUUAAAAAAGCUCAUAAAGACCUUAACGAAUUUUAGCAUUCUUGUGAUUGAAUAAAGAGUUCUUUCCAUAGUAAAUAACUGUUAAAAUGUAGUAAGUUGUGAGACCGAUUUGCAUUUAAAAUUUUUCUUUUGUAAAUUUUUAAAGCAUAAUUUUCAAACUAAACGGAAAUUAGCUAAAAUUAAGUUAGUUAUUAAGUCGCUCAAUUACCUCGUAAAACUUGCUUUAUAUUUAGCUUUAACUCAGUAAUAUUUCUUAAGAUUCUCUACGUACUUCCUUAGCUGUAAACAUUUUUUGAGAAAAAUUUGUAGAAAACUAAAUUUUUAUUAAAG